CAGUAAAGUUGGUAAAAAUACUCACCUGCAAGGAUGCUCGAUCAAAACGGAAAUCAAUAUUGCGAUCUCCGUGCUGCUAUCAACAACAGUCCAAGUGAGAUAUUAAAACAAUCAGUUGCUGAUGAAUCCGAGAACAAACAGCUAACCAGCCUACAUAUCAUGUACAUCAUAGAUCAUCCGAUAAUUUGCCUGCGAGAGCAAUAAAUCUCCCGGGGGAAAAUUAUCAACCAGUUCAACUCCGCUCCGUGUCAACGCCAAAAGGGAUGAACGCGCGCGAAACAGUACCACGCCACACCUCGCCGUUUGCGUUGCGUCGCAUCUGCUCCUGCGCUGAUUGAUGAGUAAUCCCACGAAGACGCUGAAAUAAAUCAGUCCAAAGCGCGUACGAACUGGCGAUGUCUUCAUUUCGACUACGACAUUAUAAAACGUUCAUUCCAAACUGAACGAACGAUCAGUUCGACCGUGAAAUUUGCUAGUGCCGGACGCCUCUCCUCCAGUGUGUGCAGUUGUACAACGUGCGAAUAUUAAUAUUAUUCAGAAGAAUCUUAAUAACUUAACCGGCUGGCGGUGUGGUGAAGUGGUUUGAGUUCGUUUACGAUCCGCAUAGAGUGUUGUUAGCAAAUAUGGAAGGUGGCUUAUCCCCGUGGAUGAUGUGGCCCCAGGGCGUCAAUAUGCUUGGUGAAGCGGAGGACAUGCCAUUAGGUAUCAAUGGUGUGAACCCUUGUCUGGACGAGAAUGGGGAGAGCCACAGGACCAGCAGGUUUGAGUUGAUGAACCGCCACAAAAUGGAUACAGGGAAUCCGGUGCUGGUGGUUCGUAGAGGUCAGCCAUUCCGAUUGAAGAUCUACUGUGACAGACCGUUUGAUGAGGAAAAGGAUGUGAUUUCGUUCAUGUUAUCAGUGCAUCCGAUGAAUGGGGAGAGGGUGAGCCACGGGCAUGGCACUGUGGUUCACUUGCCGUUGCAGAAGGAAGAUGAUGGAGUGGAUGAAGAUGAAUCGGAUUGGAGGGCUGUGUUGGAGUCGGCGGAGGACGAAGUGCUUACGGUGAGCAUUAGGCCUUCGGCAAAGGCUUCGGUAUCUAAAUGGAAUUUGGCCAUUGACACCAAGAUGGCUGGAACUGAUCAGGUGAUCAACGCGAACGUUUCCGUGGAUUUCUAUUUGCUGUUCAACCCGUGGUGUGAACAUGACUACGUAUAUCUGGAAGACGAAACACUGCGUGAAGAAUACGUGCUCAGCGAUACGACAAUGAUCUGGCGAGGUUGUAACCGCAGUUUUCAUCCAACCGUUUGGAAGCUUGGACAGUUUGAAAGGGAUAUUCUGGAGUGUAGUUUCUUGUUGUUAUCAACGGUUGGACGGGUGAGCGCUACGUACCGUGGCAAUCCGAUCCGAGUGGCACGAGCUCUGUCAGCCGCUGUGAAUAGUAAUGAUGACAAUGGAGCUCUGAUGGGAAGAUGGAGCAAGGAGUUUCCAGAUGGAACACCUCCUACCAAGUGGGUUGGCUCGGUGGAAAUUCUGCAGCAGUAUUACGAAACGGGAACAUCCGUUCGGUACGGACAGUGUUGGGUGUUCUCCGGAGUGUUAGCAACAAUCUCACGCGCCCUAGGAAUUCCUUGUCGAGUGGUGUCCAAUUUCAAUUCAGCACACGACUCAGAAGCUUCGUUAACGAUCGAUUACUACAUCGGUGAGAGCAACAAUCAUCUUAGUGAGUUCAGUUCGGAUUCUACGUGGAACUUCCACGUAUGGAACGAAAUGUGGAUGCAAAGGCCUGAUUUGGGCGAGAGGUCCGAUGAGCUGUACGAUGGAUGGCAGGCGGUUGAUGCGACACCACAGGAGCUGUCCGAUGGGAUGUUCAAGCUUGGACCAGCACCGGUGAAGGCUGUUAAACGUGGUGAUGUCAACGUACAUUACGAUUGUGAUUUUGUAUUUGCUGAGGUGAAUGCCGAUGAGAUCUAUUGGAGGUAUAGAGGACCUGGUCAGCCAUUGAAGCUCGUUAAAAAGGAUCCUACGAAGAUUGGUCAGUUCAUCAGUACCAAAGCAGUGGGAUCAUGGGAACGUGAGGACAUCACCGAGUCGUACAAAUUUGAAGAGAAGUCCUGCGAUGAAAGGAUCACGAUGAUGAAGGCGUUGAAACAAGCGAGCAGUCCCUUCGCUAGAAUCUACACAAACGAAGAAUUCCAUGACAUUGAUUUUGAUGUGGAAAUCCGUAACGACGUGAAAAUCGGGGAACCGUUUACGAUUAUUUUGAAUAUCAAGAAUAAUUCGGAAGAUACGCCCUACCCAAUUGAAGGAAUGGUACACGUGGACACCGUUCUCUACACUGGAAAGCUGAGGACACCCCUAAAGGCGAUACCGUUCGAGGUUGAAGUGCAACCCAGCUCGACAUCCUCUAUAGAACUGCACGUAGAUUUCGAGGAGUACUACAGUAACGUACUGGAUCAGGCCUACUUCAAAAUCAUGUGCUCAGCCAGUGUUCAAGGUACAAACUACGAAUACUUCGCACAAGACGAUUACCGCGUUCGUAAACCCGACAUCAAGAUUAACUUGGACAACGAACCCAGCAUCGGAGCGCCACUCUACAUUACGGCAACUCUCGAGAAUCCGAUGCCCAUCCCAUUGACUAGCGGUGUGUUCCGAUUCGAAUGCUCCGGCGUGUGGCAGCCAGUCGAAAUUCCGCACGAUUACAUCGAAGCCGGCGAAACGGCGGUCAUCAAAUUUCGAAUGACACCUCAUCUACCGGGCAGCGCACAGAUUGCCGCCAAAUUCAACGCCGACGAAUUGAACGACGUGGACGGAUUUGUCUCCUUCGAUGUUAGGGAGGACACUUCGGAACUAAACGCUGGGCGUUCGCUAAAAGAAGGCCUCGUUUUUACAUGAUAACCAUUUAUCUUCAAUUGUAUCGUUUGGGGUUUCCCCUGAAGCAUUGUGUCUAAAUAAAAAACGACCACAUAUGA